GGGGACAUAAGUGUGGCUCAGGAAGGGGCCGUUCAACCUUCUGUCUCUGCUAGUAACAACCCUCACAGCCGCUGUUUUGCCAUGAUCUUGGUGACACUGCUUGGACAACACAGACAAUUAUUUUCCAUUCAGUUUGGAUGUAUCGGACCUGUCCAAGGUGUGUUUUAAAGAAGGGCUGAAUGAAGGAGUGAGUGGGAUGUUAACCACAGCCAACCAGGGACAUCUUCUGCCCUGAUGAAUGGCGUAGUGCAUAGUAAAUCACUGACUGGGGAAGAGCAGUCAGAUUCCUCUGUGCAGUGAUGUCACCACGAUCUAGUGUGAAACAGAUCCAGACUUGAACAGCACAGCCUGAGCCAGAUGUUCAAUUUCACAGCAAACUUUUCGCUGGAUGGCACGUACUCAGAGCGGUUCAGACCUGGAUUUAAAAGCUUUAAAUCAAACUUUGUGUCUAUACCGAGACUUUGAUCUUCACAGGACACAGAGACAUCCAGAAACACAUAAAGAUGUUGUCUGAGCAUCUUGGAUAGAACAUGGCCAUCCGAUACAUCAAGCACAAAUACCUGUGGAUAUAUGUUUUAAAUUAUGAAAAACUGUAGAAUAAAACAACAAUGGAGAUUCCACCUGUGGUGACCUUGGAGGGACAUCAGUCUUGGGCAGAUUUAGGGUCACACGAAUUGUCCACACAGGAGGUGUCUUCAGAAAGCUCUGCUCUCUCAAGUAAUGGCUCACCAGACCACAGAGGGAAUGAUAGUCUCCCUGAAGCCCAAAGCUGCUUGCUGUUGGACCCAGAUCACAACAUAGCCAAACUGAAGAAGAGUUUUAUUGGUGUUUGUCAUAACAACAAUGAUUUUGUAGAAGCUGCCUGCCUUCAGGACACUGAGCAAGUGUCAGUAAAUCCUGGUGAUGCACCUUUGGACCUGAGCCCACUGGCCUCCACUCAACUUCAUGAGGCAGGUUUUGAGUCCACAUCGCCUUGCUCCAAAGAGGACUGUUGUGGUAACUUUCCACUUCCCGUUCCUGGCACUAAAGAACAGUGUGACCAGGUGUUUGAUCCUGGUCAGACGGCACACUUAAACUGUGAAUGUGUGAAAACAGACUUCAAGAAGUUAGAGACUAUUUCAAAUGGCCAUGUCAUUCUAAAUGCAGAGGACCCAUGCAUGACUCCCAAUCUGGACUCCUCUCCUACCCUUGCUGUGACUGAGACUGUACGUGAUUCAAGCCGAAGACUCCUGGAUCUGCCGCGCAUUGUGAAACACAAACCAAGCUCCAUCACUUUUUCAGACUACAGCGAGAACCACGCUUUCAUCAAUGAGAGCUCUGACGACGGAGAGUCUUCACAGGAGGAGGAGGAGGAGGAGGAGGAUGAUCAUGGUGAUGUUGAUGGUGAUGGUGAUGGUGAUGAUGAUGACGACAAUGAUGUGUUCCCAGAGCUGCCUCAGAAAAGAGAGCUCCUCGUCAAUCUCAGACACAGGAGCAACAGCAAAGACAACCUGAAGAGGAGAGGUGCCGUGAAUGCCCAAGCAGAAACUGACCAUGUAAACAGCAACUGUGGUUAUGAAGCAGAAGGGCAGACUAGCAGUAAGGAGGAGUCUCCGCAGGUCAAGUCUCCCUGGUCAGAGUCCCUGAGUCAGCUGAUGAGGAAGCUGGAUCAACUUAAUCUGGACAUAGAGGAGGCUCUGAGUGCAAGCUCCUCCCCCUCUAGCACGCCAUGCACCACACGCAAGAAACAGCGGGGUGCUGUUUCAAAGCCCACAUUGAACCCAACCCUGAACGACCAAGCUCUCCAAAGACCAGACCGAGUGGCAUGCCCGAGCCAAGACAGGUCUUCUGCUCCUCGCGGUGCCUCCAUGGGAACAAGAGCAAGAACCAAGAAGACGAUGUUUAAUAAGAUGACUGAUGCAGCAGGUUCAGAAAUUGAGGCGAAGGAGGCGUGUGACUGGCUGCGGGCAGCAGGAUUUCCCCAGUAUGCUCAGCUCUUUGAAGAUUCCCAGUUCCCCAUUGACAUCACUCCUGUGAAAAGAGACCAUGACUUUCUGGACAAAGAUCUUGUGGAACCUCUUUGCAGGCGACUCAACACCUUGAACAAGUGUGCCUCUAUGAAACUUGACGUAAACCUUCCGAAAAAGAAAAGUGAAGACUCUGAUGAAGAAGACCUGUUUGCUAUCAGUGACAAAUGGACCUUUGAAUGGAGCAGUCGGCGUUGGUCCAGGUUGCAGGACAUUGACUGUCUGCUGGGAAACCACAGAGAGGAUCAGCCGACCGGGAACAGCGUGCCUUUACGAACCACCACCAGCAGUGAGAGCGUUCUGACGGACCUGAGUGAGCCGGAGGUCUCCUCUUUGCACAGUGAGAGUAGCGGGGGAAGCGGUCACAGGGGCCUCAGCACAGAGGACUCUGACUGCUCCAACCGCACCUGCUCAGAUUCUGCAGCAAUGCCAGACUCUACUUCCCUCACAAUGCCUCACAUCCCCAAAGACAUUGCUCACUACGGCUCCCUGCCUGAUAAGCACGGCAAGGCAAGUCGAAUCCGGGCCAAAGACUUCCUGAAACGCAUGGAGACAUUGCGCUCUAGGGGGACACUGGGAAGGGGUCGUAAGUCGUUAGUUAUCAGCGCUCCAGUGCUGCAGCAGGAGGCUCAGGCUCUGAAGACGCUGCGGUGUGUGGAGAUCAUAAAUGGAGAUGGUGGAGCUCCAGAACCACCUUCCCACAAAGUUAUGCCGUCCCAGUCCAGCAGUGAAGUUAGCAGCCAUUCCAGUGGAAGUGCUGUCAGCACACCCAGCCUAAAAGAGCGCAAACCUCACCGGGCUGACUACAAGCGUAGUGGCAUGUAUUUGGAGGAUAUAGACAUCUUCUCAGGCACUCAAGUGAAUAAAGUUGCAGAACAAAACCGCAGGAAUGAAUUCUGCUCCUAUGAGGACCUGGUGGUUCACAUUCCUAAAGACCAUAAGCCGGGAACCUUCCCCAAAGCACUGUCCAUAGAAAGCUUGUCACCAACCAAUGGAGCCUCUAUUGACUGGCGCACUAGUAGGGUGCACCUGGACUCCCCACUAAUUUCAUGCAGAAAAGAAUCCAGGCCUGUCACCCAGUGCUGCUCCAGAGGAAGCCGCAUCAGUGUGUAUGAUAAUGUUCCUGGCUCACAUCUGUACGCCAGCACUGGAGACCUGAUAGACCUGGAGAAAGAGGACCUGUUCCCUCACCUGGAUGAUAUCUUGAUGCAUGUUAAUGGUCUGCAGCAGAUAGUUGACCACUGGUCUAUGAAUGUGCUGCCUGUAGGAGAAGGGUUGACACAGGCAGACAGAGAGAGGGGGGAUACAGUAGGCCUCCAGUCUUCCAGUCAGAUCACAUUGGACUUUGAGGGGAAUUCUGUUACGGAAAGCCAGACUACACCUAGUGAUGGGGACAAAGACAGAGUAUCACUUGCAGAGACAGAAUCUACAAGGCUCAGGGAAAGGAGGGACUCAGGAGUCGGUGCUUCGCUGACAAGACCCAAUCGGUUACGAUGGCCAAGCUUUCAGAUUUCCAAUCGUCUAAGCCACUCAGUGGCAUCGCUGCAGAUUACCAACCAGUCAGCAGGCCAGCUGAGUUUGUUGCAGAAGUUCUCUCUACUGCGCCUCACUGCAAUCAUGGAGAAGUACUCGAUGUCCAACAAGCACGGCUGGACUUGGUCCGUGCCAAAGUUCAUGAAGAGAAUGAAGGUACCAGAUUAUAAGGAUAAGAAUGUGUUCGGAGUACCUCUCAUAGUGCAUGUACAGCGUUCUGGGCAACCCCUGCCCCUUGGCCUGCAGCAGGCCCUGCGGUUCCUGAGGAGCCAGUGUCUUGAUCAGGUUGGUCUUUUUCGUAAAUCAGGGGUGAAGUCUCGUAUUCAAGCUCUGAGACAGAUGAAUGAGAGCUCUCCAGAUAAUGUGAACUAUGAAGAUCAGUCUGCCUAUGAUGUGGCUGACAUGGUGAAGCAGUUCUUCAGGGAUUUACCUGAACCCCUGCUCACCAGCAAGCUAGGGGAGACCUUCCUCCAUAUAUACCAAUAUGUGCCGAAGGACCAAAGGUUGCAAGCUGUCCAGGCAGCCAUCAUGCUGAUGUCAGAUGAAAACCGAGAGGUGCUGCAGACACUGCUCUGUUUCCUGAGUGAUGUCACUUCCUCUGUGGAGGAGAACCAGAUGACACCCAUGAACAUUGCUGUUUGCCUAGCACCCUCCCUCUUCCAUCUCAACAUACUCAAGAAAGACAAUCUCUCACCAAGGGCCAUGCAGAAGAAGUACUCCACUGGCAGACCAGACCAGAAGGAUCUGAAUGAAAACUUAGCAGCAACACAGGGCCUCGCUCAUAUGAUCAUAGAGUGCAACCGUCUCUUUGAGAUCCCUCAUGAGAUGGUUACUCAGUCACGUAAUUCAUAUGUGGAGGCUGACUUGCAUGCACCAACAAUUGAUGAGCUGUGCAAGCAGCUGGAGGAUGAUGAUGGAACGUAUCAAACUCAUAUGGAGGGAAGACUUCAGAACCUGCUCAAAGAGGCCCGGGAAAAGUCCAAAUACUGGGUGUCCUGCAGCAGCUCUGAUAAUACAGAGCUCUACUAUAAAAAGGUGGGAGAUGGGAACCCUUUGAGACGCUGGAGAGUGUCUGUGGAGGUGGAAGCACCACCAUCAGUUGUGUUGAACCGAGUGCUGCGAGAGCGCCACCUGUGGGAUGUGGACCUUCUGCAAUGGAAAGUGUGUGAGACACUUGACAAGCAGACAGAAGUGUUUCAGUAUGUCCUCAGUCGUAUGCCCCCCCAUCCCAGUAGGGACUUUGUAGUGCUCAGGUCAUGGAGAACAGACUUGCCCAAAGGCGCAUGCUCCCUGGUUUCUGUGUCUAUAGAGCAUGAAGAUUGCUCUUCUGUUGGAGGGGUAAGAGCUAUUGUGCUGGAGUCCAACUACUUGCUGGAGCCCUGUGGCUCAGGAAAGUCCAGACUGACUCAUAUCUGCAGAGUUGACUUGAAGGGAAGGACACCAGACUGGUACAACAAAGCUUUUGGUCACCUUUGUGCUGCAGAAGCUGCCCGGAUCCGCAACUCCUUUCAGCCACUCAUCACAGAUGGCCCAGAGACCAAAAUCUGAAACCCUUGCCUGUUGUGUCUGCUCAGCAUGAGAUCAAGAACAAGCCUUUCGAGUCAUUGCUAAGAGGCAGACACAAAGCAUAGACACACGUCCAAAACUAAAGCACAGUUUAUUGAAUUUUAGUACACAUGCUCCGAAAAUCAGUUUGAGCUCCUCUGUACUUGCACAAUGACAAAAGAGGACACCUCGUAGGUGCUGGGCACAAUUACUCAAUGGGAAAUCAAUCAUCCUGCCAAUGUCCAUAGCAUUAGGAUUUAUUUACCUUGAUGUUGCUAAACCUCUAUAUUAUAAUAAUUAUUAUCUUUAAUAAUGUUAUAUUAUUGUCGCUAUAAUCUACAAUGUCUAGGACAUUCAAACUCUUAAAGGCUUCUGCGAAGCAUGUAUAUGUUUUAUGUUAUGUCAGAUUUAAAGCUAUAAUUAUUAUAAUGUACACACAAGAUUCUGUAUAUAUAUGUGUGAAUAUACUGUACAUGCAAACAAGAUGUAUAUAUUGUAUAUUUGUGAAGGGAUUAAUAGUACAUAUGUUAAUUUCCUAUAUAUUGAUUCUUCCACUGUGUCAAUCCUCCUGUAAUACACAUGGUACAAAAUUGUAAGCUGGUUUUACUUUGCUUCAGUAUUGUCAUCUUGGAAUGGGUGUAAUUUUAUUAAACUUUGACCUCUUAUGGUUGUGAAAGGAAUGACAUAAGGUUUGACUUGUUCAUACCUGCUUUAGGGUACUGGAUUGUGCAGUUGUCACAAGACAUAAUUUAAAAAAAAAUAAAACUAUUAAAAUAAUAAAAUGUUUCAUUUUUGACUAAUUCUUACUG